CACAGCAUGUACUUCCUGUCCUCGCCCAGUAAGAACCUGAGCAGCAGUGGCUACGCCUCUAACAAGGAGAAGGAGAUGAUCACCAGGGAGCGACUCUGCUAUUAUGGUGAGCUGUCUACACAUCCUGGCUCAUUCCCUCGACACAAGGACGGUGAUGAAGUCAGGCUCAGAGAUGAUGAAGGCUGGGGUCAGGACAUUAUUUGAGAAUGCAGCGGAGGACCUAGAGAAGACGCUGGAGAUGCUGAAGCUGGGGAAGUUCAGCCAGUCCCGGAGCCAGAUGAAGGGCUUGUCCCAGAACAUCACCUACGYCACCACCGCUCUGCUGCCCAUCCUCACAGCCCUGUUCGAACAYGUCACCAUGCACAACUUUGGAGUCUGCCUGCUGGUGGAUGAUGUCCAGCUGUCGUGCUAUCGCAUUGUGACGUGUCUCUACUCAUUGGGCACGGGGAAACACAUCUUCAUGGAGAGGCACCUACCAGCCCUAGGGGAGUGUCUGGCCACCCUGGUAGGAGCCAUGCCUGUAGCUUUCCUGGAGCCUGAUCUCAACGCUCACAACCCCCUGUCUGUCUUCAACACCAAGACACCGCGAGAGAGGGCCAUCUUGAGUAUGCCUGACUCUGUGGAGGAGAUGUGUUCAGAGAUGCCUCGUCUGGAUUGCCUGCUGAAGGACAUCAACGACAUCUCAGAGUCUGGAGCUCGCUACACAGAGAUGCCACAGGUGAUUGAGGUGAUCCUGCCCAUGUUGUGUAACUACUUGUCCUAUUGGUGGGAGAGAGGAACAGAGAACUCAGCUCCACACACAGCCUGCUGCACCACCGUGUGCUCCMACCACCUCAGCAUCAUCUUGGGGAACAUCCUCAAGAUCCUCAACAACAACUUGGGCAUCGACGACGCUCCCUGGAUGAAGAGGAUCGCAGUCUACUCCCAGCCAAUCAUCUGUAAGGCUGCAGCGGACCUCCUGAAGAGUCACUUCCUGCCCACUCUAGAGAAACUCAGRAAGAAGACAGUCAAGGUGAGAUGA